AUGGACGUGCAAGACCAGGAGACUCUAGGCAGGUGGGACGGGCUGUCAAGUCGGGACGCCGGCUCCAGGACGACCGCCAUGGAGCAAAUUCGCCAAGAGGUCCUGACGAAAGUGGAGGCAAUCGGGCCCGUGCAGCCAUCCUCGCCUUCGUUGCCGUCAGGGUCUCCUCUCAGCAGUGACCUGAAUGACAUACUGGCCCACCUGCUCAUGCUCACCAAGCGAUGUCCUUUCGAAGACGUGCGGGACCGCAGCGUUCACCUUCUGCAGGCCGUCCAGGAUCUGGGAGUGCGAAUCCCAAGACCCCUGGGAAACGGGCCAAGUAGAUUUAUCCCUGAAAAAGAGAUUCUUCAAGUCAGUAAAGUGGACACCAGGACACAGUCGAUAUUUGAGGAUGCGUUCGCCGCCCUCGGUCGCCUGGACAACAUCUCCCUGGUUAUGGGCUUCCACCCGCAGUACCUGGAGAGCUUUUUGCGCACGCAGCACUACCUGCUGCAGAUGGACGGGCCGCUGUCGCUGCACUACCGCCACUACAUAGGCAUCAUGGCGGCGGCUCGACACCAGUGCUCUUAUCUGGUCAACUUGCACGUCAACGACUUCCUCCAAGUGGGAGGGGACCCCAAGUGGCUCAACGGGCUGGACGGAGCCCCGCGAAAACUGCAGCAGCUAGGCGAGCUCAACAAAAUUCUGGCCCACCGACCGUGGCUACUUACCAAGGAACACAUCGAGGGUCUCCUGAAGGCCGAGGAGCACAGCUGGUCGCUGGCCGAGCUCAUUCACGCCGUGGUCCUCCUCACGCACUACCACUCACUGGCCUCAUUCACCUUUGGCUGCGGCAUCGUGCCCGAGAUCCACUGCGACGGCGGACACACUUUCCGGCCGCCCUCGCUCGGUCACUACUGCGUGUGCGAUAUCGCCAACGGCAACAACCACCACGACAGCGGCAGCCAGGAUGGGUGUGACGGUGAGGUGGAGGUUCUAAUGGAGCGCAUGAAGCACCUCCAGGAGUGCCGUGAUGACGAGGAGGCCAGCCAGGAAGAAAUGGCAACGCGCUUCGAGCGGGAGAAAACGGAAAGCAUGCUGGUGGUGACUGCCGAGGACGAGGAGUGGGUGCCUUCUCGUGACAUAUCCCGACAUUUUGAGGACCCAAGCUAUGGCUACAAGGACUUUUCCAGGAGGGGCGAGCAUGUGCCUACAUUCAGAGUACAGGACUACAGCUGGGAGGAUCACGGCUACUCCCUGGUGAACCGUCUCUAUCCCGACGUAGGUCAGAUGCUGGACGAGAAGUUCCAGAUGGCUUAUAACUUGACGUACAACACCAUGGCCACGCACAAAGACGUAGACACCAGCAUGCUGCGCAGAGCCAUCUGGAACUACAUACACUGCAUGUUCGGUAUCAGGUAUGACGAUUACGACUACGGCGAGAUCAACCAGCUGCUGGACCGCAGCUUCAAGAUCUACAUCAAAACCAUGGUGUGCAGCCCCGAAAAAACCACCAAGCGAAUGUACGAGAGCUUCUGGAGGCAGUUUCAGCACUCCGAGAAGGUCCACGUUAAUCUGCUUCUUAUGGAAGCGCGAAUGCAAGCCGAACUCUUAUAUGCUCUAAGAGCCAUCACUCGCUACAUGACAUGA